AGAAAGUUUUCCUUUCCAUAAAAGUCGAAGCUUCUGACAUGUUGAAGUCAGAAUCGAAGUGUCUCGUUGCAGUUUUGUUGCUCCUUUUAGGUACUAAGUCGAUUUACGUAGCAGAGCACCACCUGCUUGAAGAAAAGGAACUGGAUGGAUCAGCAAGGACACGGGCAACCCCAAUCAAUGGGGAUGGUAGGUAGUGGUCAAAUGGCAUAUGGGACUACUCCGUAUCAGCAUACUCAAAUGGUAGGGAGUCCAAAUCCUGCUACUGUUGGUACACCAGUUGGAGGCAUCCAAUCUGGCAGUCAAUCUUCCGGCGCUCAGCUUGCACAACAUCAACUUGCUUAUCAGCACAUUCACCAGCAGCAGCAGCAGCAACUUCAACAACAACUGCAAACUUUCUGGACGAAUCAGUUUCAAGAGAUUGAGAAGGUAACUGAUUUUAAGAAUCAUAGCCUUCCUCUAGCAAGGAUCAAGAAGAUUAUGAAAGCUGAUGAGGAUGUGAGGAUGAUAUCUGCUGAGGCACCUGUGAUCUUUGCAAGGGCAUGUGAAAUGUUCAUCCUGGAGUUGACCCUACGCUCUUGGAAUCACACAGAAGAGAAUAAAAGGAGGACACUUCAGAAGAAUGACAUUGCUGCUGCAAUCACAAGGACUGAUAUCUUUGAUUUCUUGGUAGACAUUGUGCCAAGAGAGGAUCUCAAAGACGAAGUCCUUGCAUCCAUUCCAAGGGGAACAGUAUCUGUUGGGGCUGCUGAUGCACUUCCUCCAUACUGCUAUAUGCAACCUCAGCAUGGAUCUCAGGUUGGAGCUCCUGGGAUGAUCAUGGGGAAGCCUAUGAUGGACCCAUCUAUGUAUGGGCAACAGCCUUACAUGGGUCCGCAAAUGUGGCCGCAGGCACCGGAUCAGCAGCAGCAGCAAUCACCGUCUGAUCAUUAGUGGCUGCAGCAUGGAAGUGACAGAAGUGUAAGUUGCUUAUGCUUCCAAUCUUUUAAUUUGCAUGGCUUGUGACUGAAAGCCAAGAAAGUAAUGUUUUGAAGAAUCUCUGGUUUUGUAAUUAUAAUGCAAUUUGUUAAACAAGUUGUGGACGGAUUGACAUUACAGUCCCUGAACUGAUAUGUCAUCUCUGGUUUAGUUUAAAAGAAAAUGGUUAUCACUA